AUUAAUUUAUCUUUGGAUAUUCAACGUAAAGUCUGACACUUCUUUGUGCUUGUUGAUUUUUCUGUAAUUUCACGCGGCACACGUCCAUCGUUCAUUUGACAAUGACAACAAUAUUUUACGUUGAUCCUGAGCUUGUAGUAGCACAAGGGCGUACGUUACUAUUCCUUAAUCCAAAUGAUCUGCAAAUAUUUAAGGAAAUCAAACUGCCCGUGGACUUGACCACCUGUGGAUUCAAACCUGCCAUCGCUGAGCCCAACAAUGAAGAACAACCACCGGCUGAUAAGCCGGAGGAAACAUCUGCUGCACCAACUACAGCGUCGACCCAAGAAGUGUCUAUACUGAAUGCGUGUUACUCACCAGAUCGACAGCUAAUUGCUGUUACCACUGCUGGCCAGAAGGCGCUGUUGCUAUACAAAAGCCGGCCAGAACAUGCACAGCUAUUGUCAGUGCGCGCCUUGGCACGUGCUUCGAGCGCGCUAACAUUUGCACCAGAUUCUAGCUCUGUUUUGGUAACAGACAAAACCGGUGAUUGCUAUCAAUUUGACUGCGUGAAGCACGAGGAGCCAGCACGUUUGCUGCUUGGACAUUUGAGCAUAGUUUAUGACAUACUGUGGACGCCAGAUCUGAAGCAUAUUAUAACCUGCGAUCGCGAUGACAAAAUACGCAUUACCAACUAUCCGGAAACAUAUGAUAUACAUAGCUACUGCCUGGGACACAAAGAAUUUGUCUCUGGUUUGGCGCUGCUGAAUGCUGACCACAUUGUAUCCAUCUCGGGCGACAAGACGCUUCGCAUAUGGAACUAUAUUGCGGGCAAGCAGCUUUUGCAUCACGAAUUACCUGCACCAGCAGUGCGACUGCAGCUGCGUGAAAUACAGCCUGGCCACCGAUAUCAGGCAGCAGUGCUUUUCUAUGAUCAUGAAGCAGCCAUUGGUGUAUACGAACUGCUGCUGGAAGAAGGCAGCUGGCGUAUUGGUAAGACACAGCUUGUGCACGCUGAGUCGGGUACAUGGCACAUAAGCAACUUUGCCAUAACCAGCGAACGAAUCUAUGUGGCAGGCGUGCUAGAGGAGCGUCUGACGCUGCGCGUCUACAAUAUAAGCGAUGGAGAGUCUUCUAGCACAGUUCCUGAGGGCUGGCUAAACAUGGUACAUGAGCAAUUUGUCGAUCAGACCUGCGUGCCAGAAGAUCUGUCUGUGUGGUUUAAGAAACGCUUCGACAAUGUUAGUGACUACUUGGAGCGCAAGAAGCGUCGUAUCGAGGACAAACAGCCGAAGAACUCAAAUAACUAAUGUUGCCUCUCCCCUUUGAACCCAAUAAACUAACAAUAAGUGAACUGUUGACAAAGAAAUAUUUA